AUGCCAGGGAGAAACACACAUGACGAGCAACGCAAUGAAGAGAAUCAAGCCACCGGGAACCGCACAGGGUUCUGUGUAGGAGAAUAUAUUCUGCCUGAGGGUCCUGUGGAUGUCAUUUUGGGGAAAGAUGUGACGCUUAAAGUGCUGUAUAAAAAGCAGGACGGUGACAUUUUUAUAUGGAUUUACAGCGACGGGAAAGACACAAGUAAUGUAGCCGUAUUGCGCCCGGAUGGUUCGUUUUCGGUAGGCAAAGCCUAUAAAGGCAGAGCUUCUAUUAACACCACCAAUGGAUACCUGACUUUGAAGUCCCUAAAAUCAGAGGACAGCGGGGAUUACGACCUCACCAUUGUAGCGGCAAAUACUCUUUCUGGAGCGAUAAAAGUCCGGGUUCUCGAGCCUGUGACUGAUGUUGUGAUCAAGUCAGAUUUGCCUGAAGCCAUCGAGCACAACAGCACAGUGGUUCUAACCUGCUCUUCUAAAGGAUCUUUCCUUAAAUUCACCUGGCUAAAUAAAACCAAGGCUAUUGUUAUUGAUGGCGACCGGAUAACCAAGGAAGAUUCUCAGGAUGGAUUAUCCAGUAAGCUGACCAUCAGAGAUGUCCUCAGGUAUGACCUUAGCCAAAUCGUCUGCACAUCAGCCAACACACUGGAAAAACAGGACAGCGCCCCUUUCAACCUCACAGUCAACUAUGGGCCCGAAGAUGUCAUCUUAACUCCCUCUUUAAUUGCGGAGUACGUGCCUUCCAAGUCCAACUUCAACCUAACAUGUUCAGCCUCCUCCAGCCCCUCGGCCACCUUUACCUGGUUUCACGACGAGAAGGACAUACAGGCCACAGGUCCAGUCCUCACUCUGAAAGUCAUUGAGGAGAAGGGAUUUGGGAAGAAUCCGGCUGACUACAAGUGUGUUGCUGAAAAUGCCAAGACCAAACGUUUUGUUACUUCUAAUGUUGUCAGAUUCUCUGUGAUGGAGCCCAUUUCUGGUGUUUCAAUCACUGGUCCUUCUGAUAUCCUCAUCGCUGGGAACAGCUCGGCCAAUAUCAGCUGCCAGGAAAAAGCAGGAAAGGUUUUGGAGCGUGUGUGGCUGAAGGAUGGUAAAACCCUCUCCCCCAGUACCCGUAUCAUCUUCUCCAGUGACAAAAGCUCAAUCUUUAUCAAGACACUGCAAAAAGAAGACAAUGGAAACUACACAUGCCAGCUCAGCAACACUGUCAGCAAAGAAAAUGCCCAUUUUAAGAUGGUGGUCAACUAUGGUCCUGAAACAUUCGAGGUGACGGGUAAAAAGGAAGUUGAGUUGGGUGACAAUUUAGAUCUCCGCUGUUCUGUCCAAUCUGUUCCUCCUGCAAAGAUUAUCUGGAAGAUAAAUGGCACAGUGAUCCCAAAUGAAACAAAGGAAGUGUUGAGCCUUAAGGAUGCUAAGUACAAAGACUCAGGGAUAUACACAUGUGAGGCAAGCAACGCUGUCACUGGCAAGAACGCCACCUCCUCCUCCACACUCAGUGUCAAAGAAGAGAUAGAGGAGGGUCUGUCAGACGGAGCUAUUGCUGGAAUUGUCAUUGCAUGCCUUGUUGCAGUUGGAGCUGCCAUUGGCUUGUUCUUCUACUGUAGACAGAAAGUACCGAUGUCGUCACCAUACUAAAAAGAUCCCCCUGUUGGCCUAAAAUGUCAACUUUUUUUCCCAUGAUCCCCUUGUGCAAUGCAGAGAAGUGCCUGGGUGGAUCCAGCUGGCUUCCUGUGAACAACUCGUCUAACCAGCUCCUACAUUAGGCCUCUCUCUCUGUCUCUCUCUCUCUCUGAUGGACAAGGAUUAUGGAAAUGUGGUUUUAAUGGAACACUAGAUCUUUUUAACAUUUGGAUUUUUUUUUCUUACGUUUAUCUAUAGUAUUUCCUUCAUUAACUUGCAUCUCUUCCUUGGAUCAGUUUUAUCUUCAUCCGCCUUUACUCCAACAUCUUAGAAUAAUCUAAUCUCUCUGACUUUCUCCUUUUGCGAAACAGACAUUUCUGCUGUGGACAUGUUUCCUUGACUAAAAAAAAGCUCACAGACAACGUCUUAUCCUACUGAACACCUAAGAAGAACACACACAGGCAUAUAUUGUUAUACCCAAAUAAAAUGUGAUGCAUACAUGCAUGGGUGAUCACCACCGUUGAGGCCCCCCAGGCAAAAGUCUGGAUGUUCUGGUUCAAAUAAGUAGCUAAAAAAACAGUUCCGCUUUAUCUCAUUGCCUGUUCCAGGUGGGUGGAGUCACCCAGAUAAGACACUUCAAGCGUAGUGGAGGGUUUUAAAGUUGAAGAUCUUUCUCUGAGCUCAAAGAGUUUUGAUCCGUAAUACCUCAGUUUGUUUGGCGUUCACCGACGCAUGAGAAGUUUUCUGCCACACCUGCUGAGUCAACUUUUUAUUUAUUUAUACUAUGCUAAGAUCAGUAGUAAACGGUCAGCAUCUCCGACAUAACCCAGCAGCUUUGCUACGCAGAACAUUU